GAGCCUGGACAUAUUGAAUGUGGACAACCGAUUUAUCGCUGAGCAUUGCUAUUUUCCACCAAAAGAAGACGUCAUAAGAGAUACUGUACAGAUGCUCAAAGCAUAUCCUGACCAUAAAAUUGUCCUUUGCAUUGGGCAUUUUGGAAAAUACGAACUGUUGAAGGCUAUUGCAAAAGAGUUGAAGGAGAAAAUACAAGUCACCAGCAAUUUUUUGAUGAUUGCCAAGAGAAUGGCAAUUUCAAAUAUUUUCACGCUUCAGGAUGCCCGAAUAACAACUAAAGAAACCGAAUUCUUGAGCGAGAAAGAUUUGCAUAAAUUGAAAUCGAAAAUAGGACCAACAAUUGUACUGAUUUUCAGUCCUUUCUUCAACACAACAGCGGAUCACGAGAACAUCGCCAAGUUUCAAGAGAUGGGACUGAACAUAUUGCCCUACAGUGAACACAGCAAUCACAAAGAGUUAUACACAUUCAUAGAGGCACUGCGGCCAAAUGCCAUUGUACCAAUCAUCAAACCAAAUGCGGGCCUCGAUCCAGCCGUCAUUAGAAACUCUACCAUACCGACAUGUAUUGCUGCUCUACAGAGAAGUGGUGGGAUACCUAUGAGCUUGGUAUCUGAAAUGAUGGAGAAGUGUGCUGUCAAUGGUUCUAUUUUGGAAGAAGGAGGGGAACCAAAGCGCAAGAGAAAGAAAAUAUCGCCAUCUUCAGUGGCGAAAAGUUGUUCAAGUGCGGGUAAAUGCACAGUCAAUACUAGAAAUCUGGAGCUUGGAAGUCCUGCCCUAGAAACAGGAUAUGAUAUCAAUAAGAAACAUUUGACAAAAAGUUGUUCAAUUACGCGUAAACGCACAGUUCAUACUAGAAACCUGGAACUUGGACCUCCUGCCCUAGGAACAGGUUAUGAUAUCAAUAAGAAAGAUUUGACAAAAAGUUCUUCAAUUGUGGGCAAAUUCACGGUCGAUACUAGAAAUCUGGAACUUGAAAUACCUGUCUUAGAAAUAGGGUCAAAUAACAAUGAGGUGGAGUCAAAUAACAUUGAGGUGCAUUUGAAAAAAAGUUCUUCAAUUGCAGGUAAACACAUGGUUGAUACUAGAAAUCAGGAACUUGGAACUCCUGCCCCAGAAACAGGGUCAAAUAACAAUAAGGUGCAUUUGAAAAAAAGUUCUUCAAUUGUGGGUAAACACAUGGUCAAUGCUAGAAAUUUGGAAGUUGGAACUCCUGCUCUAGAAACAGAGUACGAUAACAAUCAGGAGUACUUGGCAAAGAAUUGUUCAAUUGCAGGAAAAUUCAAAGUCGUUACUAGAAACAUUGAAUUUGAAACUCCUGCACUAGAAACAGGGUACGACAAUGAGCAGGAGUAUUUGGCAAAAAGUUGUUCAAGUGAACGCAAUGUCGUCAAUAAUACCCCUGAAGAGUUCGCUAACAAGAAGGAUUAUUUGAAAAUGCUCACCUAUUGGAAAGAUCAGGGUAUUACUGGGAAAACUUUUAGACACCCUGAUUUCCGAGGAGCCUAUGACUAUGACUAUGAAUGAGUUCACUCAUUUUAUUGAAAGUUGAUACCAUCAGCAGUAUUCUAGUAAUUUUGUGCAAUUGUUAUUCUAGUUGCUUGAGUAUUAUUUAACAUACAUGAAUAAUAUAUCAAGCACCUAGAAUACACCUAAGCACUUUGAUCUCUGCUAAAAAGGGGUUUCGCACAUACUAUUGAUAUUAUUAAAAUAUCUAAGGGUAAGUGGAACUUGAACCUUAAUCUUUGAUACCUCUGCCGCUGAUUAUUUCUGUCAGGUUCAAAGAAUAAUGUAACUUACAUCUACAUAUAUGGACAGAACACCAUUAUCAUGUAUAAGCUCUAGCCAAAAAUAUUGUCAAAACACUUUUCCAAUAUAACUUACUUGUUUUGAAUUCAUGCAAAAUGACUCCUAAAUUUAUAAUGAAAUACUGUAACCUAAUUUUGUAGUUCAAGAUCAAUGUUUAAGAUUUUAAGAAUCAAGAUUUAAGAUUUUAUUUUUAAGAUCAGGAGUGAACUAAAACGUCCUGUAUUCUUAUUUAAAGAUUCUCAAUUCAAUUAUAAAGAGUUUUUACAGACUUUAUUCUUGUGAACAAAUUAGAAGAAAGAUGAAAGAUGUGUUGGUGUAGCUUAAGGGAGUAGUGACCUUCCUACCCGAACUGUAGCGUAGUGAAUUUUUGUGUUUCUAAGAAUGGUGAAAUAUCCACUAGCACACCUUCUGGAAUAAUAUCACUGAUUAGGAAACCCAUUUCCUAAUCGUUUCCUGACAUUUAAGAAUACACAUGUAUCAAGCAGGUUAAAAUCUCACUUCUCUUUCAAGAUUGUUUAGAGAAAUAAUUCCUCCUUAUGAAUAAAAUAAUUUUAUUAUAAAUUUUUUGGGGAAUUUUAAUAUAUUUAUUUUUUAAUUACCAUUACUGCCCAAGGAUAGUUUAUAGGAAUCUACUAACCUUGGUUAUACCCUAUCUGUUUUGUUUCCUAAAUAGCAAAAUUGAGUGUUUUUCAAAGGUGUUCACUAUAAUAAUUUGAUAAUAAUUAUGUGAUUAAUUUAUGAUGUGUAGUGUGAUUUUAACACUGAUAUUGUAGAUAGGCUACAUUUAUCAAGUUACAGCAGGUAAUGAUAUUUUAACUCUGAUAUAUCAUAACAAUUGCAUAGAAACAUCAGAAGUCAUAUAAUGGGGAAAAAAUUGUUUUUAAAAAGGGUUAUACUGGGAGUAUUAUAGAAUAUCAUAGUAAUUACAAGCCUCAGUUCAACUUAAUAUUACUUUACAACAGACCUGUGUGAGUUAAAGUCAAGUUUCUUGUUUUAUAUGUUUGUAUUGUUUUUUAAUCAUUUAUAAGUGAUAAAUUUUGUGUUGAAAUACAGUAUCUGUAAUAAAUAACCUCUGAAAGAUA